CGAGUCUGCAGUAUAAAAAGUUUCUGGCCUUUCCGUGGAUCCUCACCGUCACGUGGCCCAUGGACACAGACAGUGUGGAGUAUCCCCUCAUUCAGUCGGGUCCGUACGGUCGCUGGUUCCACUCCGAGUUCUGUGACUUUGUGUCGGUGCUGGUGGCUCAGUGUCAGCACAGCAUCAUCUUCGACAGUUACCUGAUGAACACGCUGAUCUCGCUGCUCACAGAGCUGUCGAACUCUUACAUACGAGCCUUCAGACACACCUGUACGCUCGCAGCGGUGAAGCUGUUGAGCGCUCUGGUGGGCGUGGCUCUGAGCCUGAGUGUCGGGAUUGAAAACAGUCAGAAACUGUACAAGGUGCAGAAGACGAAGACCACGCGACAGAAGCUCACGCCACAGCUGGAGAGAAUCCAGAAGAAGAUCACAGAGCUGCAGGGGAAGAGGGUGGAGAUAGAGAGCAUGAUGGACGUCGUCUUUAAAGGUGUUUUUCUCAAGAGAUAUCGCGAUGUGCUUCCGGAAAUUCGCUCCAUCUGUGUGGAGGAGUUGGGUGUGUGGAUGAAGCUCUACAGUUCCACAUUCCUCAACGACACCUACCUCAAAUACAUGGGCUGGAUGAUGUACGACAAAAUUCCAGAUGUGCGUCUCAAGUGUGUGUUAAGUUUGCAGGGUUUGUUUGGAGAUCCUCUGCUUCUCCCCAAACUUGACCUGUUCACCAGCCGCUUCAAGGUAACUGAACCUGCUUAA